UGGGUUGGGUCCAUUCUAAAAUAAAUUAUGACGGUUAUUCAACAUUAUUGGAAACAUUCUUACCUUGUCCAAAGCUUGGUUAAUGGUAAAGAGUGUAAUUAAAACAGUUGCUGGAGAUAGCCCCAUUUUAAUAAACAAAUAAUGAUUUCAAGUGGUCUAUUUGUACAUUACAAGAGAUAACAAUAAGGUGUGUGCUAUCGUGUUUGAUACAUUAAUUAAUUAUUUUACCAUAUUAUCGCCGUGCAAAACAUUAAAAAUUCGUGCAAUUUUUUUAUUACUUUUAUCGUGUCUUCUAAAUUGGCCAGACGAUGAAGACGGAUCAGAUAAAAAGCAAUUUAAACAAACCCAUUGUUGAGACUGGCUAUUUGUUUGCUUUACUAAUAAAAAUAAUAGGUAGGAAGGUGAAAAUAGAUAAAAUUAAUAGGUAGGGUCAGAUAAUUAAUGUUAACUUCUAGCCCUUAAUUACAUCAGAUCAGAUAGAGCCAAAUGUUCUAUUAAAAUUAUCUGUUCCGGCCAUAUGCUUUUUGUGCUCACCUCGCCACGUUUUAUCCGGGAUUAGGUGUAAGCUUUACAACGGAUAUUAACUUAAAUAAUUUCAUUUUAAUUUAAUUAAACGUAAAAGUGGAGUAUGAUGGGUGUACUGGUUCUGGGCCAUUAUCGUUGCUUAACAAACGAUUUACAUUUUAACGAGUCGAUAUUAAUUUUGUUAGGGUAAUUUCUAUGAAUUUUGAUAGAUUACUGAUAACAAAUGAUUACUAAAAUUGGUAUUACAUGUAUCAAAAUGGCUGGGAAUUAUGGUAUUAUUUGUUUCGGUGUGAAUAUUCCCUCAUAUAGAGAAUAAAAUAUUUCUUGCCAAUUAAACGCACAAAUAAUUAAGGGUGAACGAAUUAACGCCAACAGAGUAGACUUUAUGGUAAUAGAUUGGGGUUGUCAUAUGUUUAAUAAAGGAGUAAAGAAUCACAAAGUGCCACAAUGUGCCCAUAUAAAACCACUUAACUCCUUCAAACAUGAUAAACUCAUCAGUUAUUUUAUGACAUUACAUCAUAACAGUAAUAGUGUGUUUUUUUCGAACCAGUGCACAUUCGGCAAUAAAUGUGGCAUUUAAUUUUUGACGAGCAUUGCCCACAUGUGCACCCCACAGUCUCUAUUGAGCGAUAGAAUAAUAGAGUCCACCCCCAUAUAAUAUUUAUGUAGUGCUUUUAUAUAAAGCUCACAAAGAUUCAGUCUGCCCAUGCUGCAAAUGAUCAAGGGACGGCUCAAAGGACGCGUACAUCAAUUUUCUACUAAACAAUGGCUUGACAGAAGUCGGGUAUUAGGGUGUCUAACAGGUUUUUAGGGAUCUGUUCGCGGACUUCUCAUCUCGAUAUUAUGAACUGCAGAUCCGUUCUCUGGUCGAUUGACGCCUGUAAAGGUAUUUACGUUGCCACGUUGCACUCACCUGCAUCCAGUUUAGGAAUGACUUUUGAUGUUGUUGCCAUGGAAAGAUGUAAAUUUGUCAAUUUAGAUCUUUCUCAGAAAAACUCUCUACAAAAAAUAUAAAAUAUUUAGUAAAAAAUAACGACAGUAACAUCUCAAAAUGGACUCAUUUGUGGAAAUGCUCCUGGGCAACAGACUCUCCAUUGAUUUCGAAAAAGAUUACUUAUGGGGAGAAUCAGCUUCCUUUAUUACAUUGAACGAUUCAGCCUUGAUGGGUGCAUUCUAUGAACCGAUCCACGAACCCGAAGUAUGCAAGAAGUAUUUGAAAAAAGAUAUUUAUGCUGCCAAACUUGUCGAUUCUAUUGUUACGAAAAGAGUUGCGGAACGUGACAUCUAUAUCCCGCAUCAGCCAAGUCCAACGCCAGUGGAAGACUUACAUCCUAAAAUCGACAUAUCAAUGUGGCCAACUGUGGAAAUGAUGAAUGUUGAUGUUGGUGCCGACACAAUAAGGGAAUAUAUUAAUAGGAUGAAUUUCAAAGAAAACUGGCAGUUUAAUAUAUUCUUCUUGAGAGACACUGAAUCCCCUUUGUGCUCUGAGUACCAAUAUGAAGUGAUAUUUUCCUUGCCGACAAACGAAUAUCCAAUUGUACAAGCUUAUGCUAGUGUAUUUUUCUUUAUACAAGCUUCGAAACUGAAAAGAACCGAUUGCAAAGUUGAAGUGUAUUAUUGUUACGAGAAUAUGAGACUAAGUAGAAAUGCAAAAAUAGAUAAAUUCCAAGAAUUUUGGCUCAAUCUUAUACUGGACUGCAAGAUUAAUUUCUUUAAAACCUUGCGAUUUUAAUGAAAUGAUUAUACAUUACCUCAAUAUACAUUUUUAACAUUUAAAAA